CUAAUUUUUAAAAUGGCGGGUUCGGACAAAAGAAAAGAUUUUAUGGCUGAAGACUACGAGCCAGUUAAUAUUGACAAGUGGGACGGGAAUGCUGUCAAAAAUAGUAUAGAUGACAACAUUAAAAAUUUAUUAAAGAAGGAAUAUAAUUACACCGAAGACUUCACCCUAGUUGAUCAGCGAUUGAUUCUGUGUACUGUUGCUUGCCUUCUCUCCCUCUUUGCAGUCGUGUAUGAUUAUUUCUAUCCAUUUCCAUCGUCGAAAUAUGUACUGGCAAGCUGCUCAAUUUCUUAUUUUGUAGUUUCUGGCUUAUUGACAUUGUUCAGUUCAUACAGGGAAAAGAAUAUAUUCAUGACCGGAGUACAGAGAGGAAUAGCAGGAUUGGGUCCAAAUGAUUACAUAUAUGUCUCUUCCUCACUGCCCAAGUACAGUCACAUGUACACGCUCCAGUUUAAAUUUAUUGAUGGGAAAAAUAAUAGAGAGACCACCAAAAGCAUUGAAAGGUCAAUCACUGAGUGGUUUGAUGAGGAUGGAAACCUCCUAAUGGAAAGGUUGUACAAUGAUGUACACCCACUGCAUACUCAAGUAUUGAAACCAGAGAAGCAGGAAUGAGGAGGAGGGGAACUCUGUGAAUAACAUCAAAAUUGAUAACAUUAAUUUUGAUCAUUAUUAAUCAUCAAGUUAACAUUAAUGAUUCUGAUUUCUUCUUUUUUGGCAAUAAAAACAAUAACUUCUAAGAAAAA